AAUAAAUGAAAUGAACUUGCAUUUCAUUCCGAGCAUUACUACGGAGAGGACUGCAAUUCUGAUUCCCUGGUGAAAGGAUGCCAUCGGCCAUUAAGUUGUACACGGCUAAGUUAAGCCCACCGGGUCGAUCGGUGGAGCUGACGGGUAAGGCACUUGGGCUCGAGUUUGAAAUCAUCCCCAUCAAUCUGAUCGCGGGUGACCACCUGAAGGAGGAAUUUCGGAAGUUAAACCCCCAGCACACGAUUCCGAUGAUCGAUGACAAUGGCACGAUCGUAUGUGAUAGCCAUGCGAUCAUCGUGUAUUUGGUGACAAAGUACGGUAAAGAUGAUAGUUUGUAUCCAUCGGACGUGGUAACACGCUCCAAGGUCAAUGCGGCGUUGCACUUCGAUUCUGGUGUGCUGUUCGCCCGAUUGCGAUUCUAUGCGGAACCUAUACUGUACUACGGAUCAACCGAGUCGCCUCAAGAGAAGAUUGACAAUGUGUACCGUGCGUACCAGCUGCUGAAUGACACUCUCGUCGAUGAUUAUAUUGUUGGCAAUCGGAUGACACUGGCCGAUCUGAGCUGUAUCGCUAGUAUUUCUUCGAUGCAUGCCAUCUUCCCGAUCGAUGAAGCCAACUAUCCGAAGCUGGCCGCUUGGGUAGCGCGUCUCGCCAAGUUGCCAUACUACAAGGCUACGAACCAGGAAGGUGUCGAGGAACUAGCUCAACUGUUUCGCGCUAAGUUGGCGGAAAAUCGUGCAAAAUCUAAGUGAUGUGGAGUUACUAUUUUGAUAAACAAAAUAUGAGUCUACAAAAUCCGCUCUCCUGCAAAUCAACUGCAAGACAGCUUUAACGUUUGCAAUCGUUUAAAUUGAAUAAAGCGUUUCAGACGUGACUGGCAUA